AUGUCUGCCCUGCAGACGCUGCAUAAGACCGGGUGGAUGCAGAUCCGCAGCUACGGGGAGGAAAACUUUCCGGUGUUCAAUCUCAUGCCGAAAAAAAGGACUGGGGUUGAGCGCGACUACGAGGUGAAGCCUUUGGAUCCCCAGCUCCAGCCCUGGCUUGCCUCGUCCUUGACUGGCUUGCAAGGUGGUGUGCGAAAUGGAGGCAGUGAGCUCGUGGUGUAUGUGGCUAACCUGGUUACCCAAGGUGUCGUCAGUGCACCGAAGGUGAGCUUCCUGGUUCAGUCCUUGCAGAGUGGUGCUGCCAAUAUGCCGAACUCCUUUGUGGGUGUUGUCUUCAUGCCCAACCGGGCGUGUGAUGGACGAGUGAAAACGAAAGAGCAGCAGGAGCAGGAGGAGGACGAGAUGAACAAAGACGUGGGCGAGGACGAUGGCAACGAUGCCGAGAAUGAGGGUGGGAAGCUAUCCAAGGCGGAGGCAUCGUUGGCGCUGAGAGAUUUUAAACACAAUCUCCUAGUCACACUUCAAGAGCCGGCAAGGGGACUGGAGGUCCGGGGGCUCACCGUCAUAUUUGAUGAUGCAACGGUCUACGGGUUGCGAACCGCCUUCCAUGAAGCCUGGCUCAUCACCAGCACACAGGCCACCAGCUUGACCCGGAAGACCCUUUUCAAAAGGCUUGUGAUCGACAAGGAGAUGAGACAGCACCUUGCCGGGACCGGGUUCAUGAAGCGGGUGCUGCAUGCAUUGGAAAUCACCAAAUCGCACACGGUGAUUGUGGACCUCUUCGGCCACGACGGAUGGGUUGCACUUGCAGCCCUGCAGCUGCAAAUGGAGAAUGCAAAGUGUGUUUGUGCCAUGGUCGCACACACCGACGUGGAGCACAAGUUCUGCAAGGAUGUGAUUCUGCACUCCUUGUUCAGCAAGGCGAAGGCGAAGCAGAUGGUUAUCAAUGGAUUUCCCGACUUUGCCGCCGCCAUGUCGGAUCUUUCGAAGGUGCACACGAGCGAAGCCCGGUCGGAUUACGAUUACCAGGUGACUGUGCCGGUGGGUGAAUGCCUGAUCGUCCUCCAGGCGCUGAAGAGCAAAUUCGAGGCAUCCGAGGUGGUGUCCGAUGACUUCCGUGCUCUCCUGGAGAAGCACGACCGCGACUUCAACCGAGAACACAAGACGGCCAGUGGGCCUGCGCCUGGGGAUAAUGAGGCCAAGCACCAAGGCAGGAGCCCCAAGAAGUUGGUGAAGUCCUACGAUGAUGUGGCGAGCUUCCAUGCCAAUCGCAGCACGCUGAUGGAGUGUGUCUUUCAAGACUUCUGUAUGCUGUAUGAUGUGGAUGAUGCGAGCCUCUGGAUCCACAGCGACAGGAUUACAAAUGUUCCGUCGAACAUGGAAUUCUUUGGGUUCGGGUCUGGAGACUUUGCCGACGGUGCAACGGCAAACGACGUUCUUUCAGAUCCGAGCGGAAGGUGGUUCCGGUACUCCCUAGCCGGCUCCAUGAAGGACCUGCUGGUCAUAGUGGAGUGUGACCGCAAGUUGCCGGAGGAGGUAAAAUCCCUGGCGAUUUGGAACAAGGUCAUGACUAUGAAAGACUUCCUGGUGGCCCUGGAAGAUGCAGGUGAGCUCGUGACCAUCAUGGGCCACACGAAGAAAGGGGACGGCGACGAGCUGAAGUGUGACGAUAAGAUUGUUUUCGUCAUGGAUUCACUCAAAAGCGGUGCGAAGAAGCGCAAGAUUUCCAAGGCCCGCCCGCUCACCUUCGGUGCAUACAUGGAUGCCGCCAAAAUCCGUGCUCUCCGCCCUCCAUUCCACGUGACAUGGCGUAUGAGGCUCACUCAUCAUCGAGUUCUCUCGCCUGUGAGGCCUGUGCUACUCCAUGGCCAAGAGGUGCAAGUCACACCGGGUGUGCUCCGACUUUUCUGA